GCAAGAUGGGAGAGUUGUUACAUGACUUAACAUAUUCCCCUCCACCUUUUUUUGUUUCCCUUAGGGCCUUACACCUUCAGCAUAUGUGAUACCUCCAGCUUCUCUGAGUAUAUUCGUGGAGGCAUUGUCAGUCAGGUCAAAGUACCUAAGAAGAUUAGUUUUAAAUCCUUAGUAGCGUCAUUGGCAGAGCCAGAUUUUGUGAUAAUGGACUUUGCCAAGUAUUCUCACCCUGCUCAGCUGCACAUUGGCUUCCAGGCCCUGCAUCGGUUUUGUUCUCAAUACAAUCGAUCUCCUCGACCACAUAAUGAGGAAGAUGCAGCAGAACUGGUGAUCUUAGCACAGACUGUGAAUUCUGAAGCCUUGCCCCCAGGACAGCAGGGCAUCCUGGAUGAAGACCUCAUUCGCAAGUUGGCAUAUGUAGCUGCUGGGAAUCUGGCACCUAUAAAUGCCUUCAUUGGGGGCCUGGCCGCCCAGGAGGUCAUGAAGGCCUGCUCUGGCAAGUUUAUGCCUAUCAUGCAGUGGUUGUACUUUGAUGCUUUAGAAUGCCUUCCUGAAAACAAAGAAGCCUUCAUGGAAGACAAAUGUCUCCCGCAUCAGAACCGUUAUGAUGGGCAGGUGGCAGUAUUUGGCUCAGACCUACAAGAGAAACUAGGCAAGCAGAAGUACUUUCUGGUGGGUGCAGGUGCCAUUGGCUGUGAGUUGCUCAAGAACUUUGCCAUGAUUGGACUAGGCUGUGGGGAGGGUGGGAAUAUUACAGUGACAGACAUGGAUACCAUUGAAAAGUCCAAUCUGAACCGACAGUUUCUCUUCCGGCCCUGGGAUGUCACAAAGUUAAAGUCUGAUGUAGCUGCGGCAUCUGUGCGUCAGAUAAAUCCAUACGUCAGAGUAAUAAGCCACCAGAAUCGUGUAGGCCCUGACACUGAGUGUAUCUACAACGACGACUUCUAUGAAAACCUGGAUGGUGUAGCCAAUGCCCUGGACAAUGUAGAUGCCCGCCUGUACAUGGACCGCCGCUGCGUGUACUACCGUAAACCAUUGUUGGAGUCAGGGACACUGGGCACCAAGGGCAGUGUGCAAGUGGUUAUUCCCUUCCUGACGGAAUCUUACAGCUCUAGCCAGGACCCACCUGAGAAGUCCAUCCCCAUCUGCACACUGAAGAACUUCCCCAAUGCCAUUGAACACACUCUGCAGUGGGCCCGGGAUGAAUUUGAAGGCCUCUUCAAGCACCCUGCAGAAAAUGUCAACCAGUAUCUCACAGACCCAAAGUUUGUGGAACGGACUUUGCAGCUGGGAGGCACCCAACCAGUGGAGGUGCUGGAGGCCUUACAGCGUAGCCUGGUACUGCAGCGACCACAUACAUGGGCUGACUGUGUGACUUGGGCUUGCUACCACUGGCACACCCAGUAUUCUAACAACAUCCGGCAGCUACUCCACAACUUCCCUCCCAACCAGCUGACAAGCUCAGGAGCCCCAUUCUGGUCUGGACCCAAACGCUGUCCACAUCCACUUACAUUUGAUGUCAACAAUACCCUACAUCUGGACUAUGUGAUGGCUGCUGCUAACCUGUUUGCCCAGAUGUAUGGGCUGAUGGGCUCUCAAGACCGACCUGCUGUGGCCACACUCCUGCAGUCUCUACAGGUACCUGAAUUCAUCCCCAAGUCUGGUGUCAGGAUUCAUGUUUCUGACCAGGAGCUGCAGAGUGCCAGUGUCUCUCUUGAUGACAGCCAUCUAGAGGAGCUCAAGGCCGUGCUUCCCAGUCCAGACAAACUCUGCGGAUUCAAGAUGUAUCCCAUCAAUUUUGAGAAGGAUGAUGAUAGCAACUUUCAUAUGGAUUUCAUUGUUGCUGCAUCCAACCUCAGAGCAGAGAACUAUGAUAUAUCCCCUGCAGACCGUCAUAAGAGCAAGCUUAUUGCAGGAAAGAUCAUCCCAGCCAUUGCGACAACCACAUCAGCUGUAGUUGGCCUUGUGUGUCUGGAGCUGUACAAGGUAGUGCAGGGACACCAACAGCUUGCGUCCUAUAAGAACAGCUUCAUGAACUUGGCUCUGCCAUUCUUCAGCUUCUCUGAGCCCGUUGCCCCACCACAUCACCAGUAUUAUAACCAAGAAUGGACUUUGUGGGAUCGCUUUGAUGUACAUGGAUUACAGCCUAAUGGUGAGGAGAUGACCCUCAGGCAGUUCCUAGAAUACUUCAAGACAGAGCACAAACUGGAAAUAACCAUGCUGUCCCAGGGUGUGUCCAUGCUCUACUCAUUCUUUAUGCCUGCCUCCAAGCUGAAGGAACGGCUAGAUCAGCCAAUGACAGAAAUUGUGAGCUGUGUGUCGAAGAGAAAACUGGGCCACCAUGUGCGGGCUCUGGUGCUUGAACUGUGUUGCAACAGUGAGAGUGGCGAGGACGUUGAGGUCCCUUAUGUACGCUACAUCAUUCCUUGAGCUUUGAUCAAAGAACCUUUUUUUUCUUUGCUGCUUUCUACUGUUUGAAAUUGGCAUUCAUAAUAAAAAAGUGAUCCAGA